CCACCUUUCAGCCGGAGAACAUUGACCCGUCGCUAUGCACGCAUAUUGUGUUCGCCUUCGCUGUGCUGAACAAGAGACUGCAACUGAUACCGCACGAAUGGAACGACCCAGACCUAUAUAAGAGAACGUUUCACACGUUGAACAGAACAAUGAACCGACCGAAGCUCCUCCUGGCAGUCGGUGGGUAUAAACACGGUCCCGUAUUACUGAGCAAGAUGGCUGGAAACGUAUACAAAAGGUCGCAGUUUAUUAAUCAAACAGUGCCCUACCUCCGACGAUACAACUUCGAUGGUAUAGAGCUGGAUUGGGAGUUUCCGGGGGAAAUCAACAGAGGAGGAAGAGCAGUCGACAAGAAAAACUUCCCUCUCAUGCUAGAG